AUCGAAUCGAGACAUUUUCACACUUUCGAAUUGAUUGCAUAAAAGUGACGUCAGUGAUGAUCCACACUCGCGAACUCGUCACAGCCGCGUAGCGCUGCAAAACGCUUCGUCCGUGGGAAACGCAGAAUACUCAGAUUCCUUGUUCUCCCCACCACUCUCUCAUUCUUUGAAUCUUUUCACUGACCUUUAGAUCUACCAUGUUUAGCCGAGCUUCCUCCACCAUCCUUCGCCGAGCCGUGGUUCGACCUACUCCUUUUUUGGGAACUACCUGCAAGCUGGUUGCUCCCCGUUCCAUGGUGACAGUGGGAGAGGCUUUGACCGCCGAGGAUGCCAGAGAAGUUUCUGGAUACAGCUCCAUCGAUUACACCAUCAAUGAGGAUGCGACCGUCUACGAUGUCGUGCAAAAGUUUGCAGCCUUCAACAUUGGUUGUCUUGUUGUCACCGACAGUACUGGAAACAUGACCGGAAUUAUCAGUGAACGUGACUACGUUUGCAAGGUCGCACUUCUGGGACGAAAAUCGAAGGAGACCGCUGUCAAGGAGAUUGCCACUCAGGCUGCAAAGCUGGUGACUGCCAAAACCGACGCCUCCGUCGAAGAAUGCAUGGAAAAAAUGCUUAAAGGAGAUAUUCGCCACUUGCCCUUGGUAGACGAAGAUGACAAGGUUGUAGGUAUGAUUUCCAUUAAGGAUCUCGUCAAGACUGUUGUUAAGGAGAAGGAACAGACCAUUAAGGUGCUUUCGGACUUUGCCCUUGGAAAGGGAGGUCACUUUGGCAGUGAUUAGAGCUGCCAGCAUGGAGGCAAGGAGUUGGUCAAUGUACAAGGAGGAGAAUGGAUGAUGAAACUUAUAAUUAGCAAUCUACGUCACUCUUCAGUGAGAAAUAUACAGGUUUGCAUUUGGUUCCCUGGUUAAAAAAUUUAAGGAGAAACGGUCUUCAGAACAAUGCUACCAGCUCGCAGCGGACGCUGGAAUAUCUCUUGGUUGCUACGGCGGGAAUAUCAUUUUCGAUUGGAUAUGCUUGUGCUUGUUUGUGUACUACAAAG